GCAACAACAGCCUCCUGACCUGUAUGGAAGAUGGGCUGUGGUCCUUCCCCGAGGCCCUGUGUGAGCUCAUGUGCCUAGCUCCUCCCCCAGUACCCCAUGCAGACCUCCAGACCGCCCGUUGUCGAGAGAACAAGCACAAGGUGGGCUCUUUCUGCAAGUACAAGUGCAAACCUGGAUAUCACGUGCCCGGCUCCUCACGGAAGUCAAAGAAACGGGCCUUCAAGACUCAAUGUACGCAAGAUGGGAGCUGGCAAGAGGGAGCUUGUGUUCCCGUGACCUGCGACCCACCUCCGCCAAAAUUCCAUGGGCUCUACCAGUGCACUAAUGGCUUCCAGUUCAACAGCGAGUGUAGGAUCAAGUGUGAAGACAGCGACACCUCCCAGGGUCGUGGGAAUAAUGUCAUCCAUUGCCGGAAAGAUGGCACCUGGAGCGGCUCCUUCUAUGUCUGCCAGGAGAUGCAAGGCCAGUGCUCGGCCCCGAACCAGCUCAACAGCAACCUCAAGCUGCAGUGCCCCGACGGCUAUGCCAUAGGGUCGGAGUGUGCCACCUCGUGCCUGGACCACAACAGCGAGUCCAUCAUUCUGCCAGUGAACGUGACCGUGCGUGACAUCCCCUACUGGCUGAACCCCACUCGGGUGGAGAGAAUUGUCUGCACUGCUGGGCUCAAGUGGUAUCCUCACCCUUCCCUGAUUCACUGUGUCAAAGGCUGUGAGCCCUUCAUGGGAGACAAUUACUGUGAUGCCAUCAACAACCGAGCCUUCUGCAACUACGAUGGUGGGGAUUGUUGCACCUCCACGGUGAAGACCAAAAAGGUUACCCCUUUUCCCAUGUCCUGUGACCUACAAGGUGACUGUGCUUGUCGGGAUCCCCAGGCCCAAGAACACAGCCGGAAAGACCUCCGGAGAUACAGCCACGGCUAA